CCUGCAGCCGGCCGGCGGCCCGGCGUCGCGCGGCGGGAUGUUCUCCCGGAAGAGCCACGGCGACGUGAGGAAGUCCACCCAGAAGGUGCUGGACCCCAAGAAGGACGUGCUGACGCGCCUGAAGCACCUGCGGGCGCUGCUGGAUAAUGUGGAUUCAAGUGAUCUUAAGCAGUUUUUUGAGACCAACUAUUCUCAGAUAUAUUUCAUCUUCUAUGAAAAUUUUAUAACACUGGAAAAUAGUUUGAAAUUAAAAGGGAAUAAUAAGUCUCAGCGGGAGGAGCUGGACUCCAUCCUCUUUCUUUUUGAAAAAAUACUGCAGUUUCUACCUGAGCGAAUUUUCUUUAAAUGGCAUUAUCAGAGUAUAGGUUCAACUUUAAAGAAGCUUUUACAUACUGGAAAUUCUAUUAAGAUAAGAUGUGAAGGAAUCAGACUGUUUCUGCUGUGGCUUCAAGCACUUCAGACAAACUGUGCAGAAGAGCAGGUGCUGAUUUUUGCUUGUCUUGUGCCUGGUUUCCCAGCACUCAUGUCAUCUAGAGGCCCCUGUACCCUAGAGACACUCAUCAACCCUAGCCCGAGUGUAGCUGAUGCAAAGAUAUAUCCAGAAGAAAUUACUCCACUCCUUCCAGCCAUAUCUGGGGAAAAGAUCACUGAGGACCAAACAUGCUUUUUUCUUCAAAUACUGCUGAAAUACAUGGUUAUUCAGGCUGCAAGCUUGGAAUGGAAGAAUAAGGAGAACCAAGAUACUGGAUUUAAAUUUCUUUUUACCUUGUUUCGAAAGUAUUAUCUUCCUCAUUUAUUUCCAUCUUUUACUAAAUUAACAAACAUCUACAAACCUGUACUUGACAUCCCCCAUUUGAGACCAAAGCCAGUGUACAUUACUACAACUAGAGACAAUGAAAAUAUUUACAGUACAAAAAUCCCAUACAUGGCAGCUCGUGUUGUUUUUAUUAAGUGGAUUGUAACUUUCUUUUUGGAUAAAAAGUAUCUGACUGCAACACAAAGCACUAAAAAUGGAGUUGAUGUAUUGCCUAAAAUCAUACAGACUGUUGGAGUUGGCAUGGCCCAGGAUAGGGCACCAGAGCUGGAUGGUGGCAUGCCUGAGCCAGACAGAAACCAUUCCAACAGUAGUACCUUGUCAGACAGAAGGCUCAGCAACUCCAGCCUUUGUAGCAUUGAAGAAGAGCACAGAAGUGUGUAUGAGAUGGUGCAACGGAUUCUCUUGUCAACACGAGGCUAUGUCAACUUUGUGAAUGAAGUGUUUCGUCAGGCAUUUUUGUUGCCUUCCUGUGAUAUAGCUGUAACAAGAAAAGUAGUUCAAGUAUAUAGAAAAUGGAUUCUCCAGGACAAGCCUGUGUUCAUGGAGGAACCGGAUAAAAAUGAUGUUGUUCAGGAAGAAGCUGAAAAAUUAGGAUUUACAGAGACUGAUUCAAAGGAGACAGCUUCUGACGGUUCCCGUCAUAAGCGAUCUUCCAGUUGGGGACGGACAUACUCGUUCACUAGUGCAGUAAAUAGAGGCUGUGUGGCCGAAGAGGAGAACAGGAAUGUGAAGGCUGGGUCCCAGGCAAUGCUGCAGGUAUUUUUGACAAAUGCUGCAAACGUAUUUUUGCUGGAACCUUGUGCUGAAGUUCCCAUACUCUUGAAAGAACAAGUUGACGCCUGUAAAGCCGUUUUGAUUAUUUUUAGGCGAAUGAUAAUGGAGCUCACAAUGAAUAAAAAGACAUGGGAACAGAUGUUGCAAAUACUACUCAGGAUAACAGAAGCUGUCAUGCAGAAGCCAAAGGAUAAACAAAUAAAGGACUUGUUUGCCCAGAGCUUGGCAGGGUUGCUGUUUAGGACACUUAUUGUGGCAUGGAUCCGAGCCAACCUGUAUGUGUACAUUUCGCGAGAACUCUGGGAUGACUUUCUCCGAGUGCUGUCCUCCCUGACGGAGUGGGAGGAGCUCAUCAACGAGUGGGCCAACAUCAUGGACUCCCUGACAGCAGUGCUCGCAAGGACCGUAUAUGGAGUUGAGAUGACAAAUUUACCUCUGGACAAACUAAGUGAGCAAAAGGAAAAGAAGCAACGAGGCAAAGGCUGUGUUUCAGACCCUCAGAAAGGCGCCCCUGUGGGGAGGUCCUUCUCCCUCAGUUGGAGAAGCCACCCUGACGUGAUGGAGCCCAUGCGGUUCAGGAGUGCCACCACCUCGGGUGCACCAGGAGUGGAAAAAGCAAGAAAUAUUGUUCGCCAAAAAACAACUGCUAAGCGAAGCCAAUCAAUCAGCAACUGUGUGCACCUUUCUGAGGUUUUGCCUGCCACUAAAAGCGUCCCGCUCCUCCUCCACACCGUGAGCGCUAUCUUACCUGGUCUCUCUUACUCCUCUUGCUCUCACAGGCUGGCAGAAGUGGAGGAGUGUCAGCAGGCAGAGAAUCCAACCAGUCUUGACUCGGGCCAGAUGCCCCGGAGCUGCAGCACACCCGAUGUCUCGGAGCCCGUGCGCCCUGACCCCUCCCAGGGUCAAAAGAUGGAAAGUGCACAGAAUUUAAUUUCUUCAGAACCCAGGCCUCUUCAAGAGAAUAAAGGACAUGUGAAGAAAGAACAUGAAGGAAUAACAAUCUUAGUUCGAAGAAGCAGUAGUCCUGCUGAAUUGGACUUAAAAGAUGAUUUGCCACAGACACAAGGAAAAUGUAGAGAUAGACAAAAAAGUGACAGUGUGGGCAGUGACACAGCUCUGGGCUCUAAUAAUGAGACAGAGCUGACCAUGAGCCCAUGGAACCCCUGUGAGGAAGACCCAGAGCUGAGCACUCCCACAGAUUCUGAUGCACGACAUUGGUUGCAGCUAAGUCCUACUGAUGCUUCAAACUUAACAGAUAGCAACGAAUGCCUUGUGGAUGAUUGCAGCAUAAUUGCUGGAGGGAACCUCACUGGCUGGCACCCAGACUCUGCUGCUGUGUUAUGGAGACGGGUCUUGGGGAUCCUUGGAGAUGUGAAUAAUAUCCAGUCACCGAAGAUCCAUGCCAAAGUUUUUGGCUAUCUCUAUGAACUCUGGUAUAAACUAGCAAAGAUAAGGGAUAACCUAGCAAUAAGCCUGGAUAACCAGUCUUCUCCAUCCCCUCCGGUCCUCAUUCCACCACUCAGAAUGUUUGCAUCAUGGCUGUUUAAGGCAACUACAUUGCCUAAUGAAUAUAAGGAAGGUAAACUACAAGCCUACAGACUUAUCUGUGCCAUGAUGACCAGACGCCAGGAUGUGCUGCCAAACUCAGACUUCCUGGUACAUUUUUACCUUGUGAUGCAUCUGGGAUUAACCAACGAGGAUCAGGAUAUCUUAAAUAUGAUCAUCCGGCACUGCCCUCCCCGUUUUUUCUCCCUGGGCCUGCCUGGCUUCUCGAUGCUGGUGGGGGACUUCAUCACGGCUGCGGCCAGGGUCCUCAGCACAGACAUGCUGGCGGCACCUCGUUCAGAAGCUCUCACCAUCCUCGGUUCUCUUGUCUGCUUUCCCAAUACCUACCGGGAGGUCCCCUUGCUGCAGUCAGUGCCAGAAGUCAGCGAGGUCAUUACAGGACCAGAAGAUAUCAAGCAUUACCUCAUAAAUAUUUUACUGAAGAAUGCCACAGAAGAACCAAAUGAAUGUGCAAGGUGCAUUGCCAUUUGUUCCCUUGGGGUCUGGAUAUGUGAAGAACUCGCACAGUGUACAAGCCAUCCGCAGAUGAAAGAAGCUGUCAAUGUAAUAGGUGUCACUUUGAAGUUUCCUAACAAAAUUGUGGCUCAGGUAGCUUGUGAUGUUCUUCAAUUACUGGUUUCUUUCUGGGAAAAGCUUCAAACAUUUGAAACCUCACUGCCUCAGAAAAUUGCAGAAAUCCUAGUGGCUACAAUUGCUUUUCUUUUACCAAGUGCAGAGUACUCUUCAGUGGAAACAGAUAAAAAGUUUAUUGUGUCCUUGCUCCUCUGCCUUUUGGACUGGUGCAUGGCUUUGCCGGUGAAUGCCCUGCUUCACCCAGUAUCCACAGCGGCCCUGGAGGAACAACAUGUGUCCAGAGCCCCGUUGCUGGAUUAUAUCUACAGGGUUCUGCACUGCUGUGUUUGUGGCUCAAGCACAUAUACCCAACAGAGCCACUACACACUUACCCUGGCUGACCUGUCGUCCACUGAUUAUGACCCCUUCCUGCCACUGGCAAAUGUGAAGAAUUCUGAGCCAGUCCAGCAUCAUUCAUCAGCAGAACUGGGCAACCUGCUUACUGUUGAAGAGGAGCGGAAGAGAAGGAGCCUGGAGCUCAUCCCCCUGACGGCCAGGAUGGUGAUGGCCCACCUGGUGAACCACCUCGGGCACUUCCCGCUCCGUGGGGGCCCCGCGGUGCUCCACAGCCUGGUCAGUGAGAACCACGACAACGCACACGCGGAGGCCGCGGAGCUCUCCUCGGAGGUGUUCCGCAGCCCGAACCUGCAGCUGUUCGUGCUCAACGACAGCACCCUCAUCUCCUAUCUGCAGACGCCCGCCGAAGGGCCCCCGGGCGGGGCGCUCUCGGACGUGCGGGUGAUCGUGAGGGACAUCUCGGGGAAGUACUCUUGGGACGGGAAGGUCCUCUACGGGCCUCUGGAGGGGCGCCUGGCCGCCGACGGCCGCAAGCCGUCGUUCCUCAUUUCUGGGUGGCACCGCCCUCCCGCGUUUGGGCCGCAGAAGGACUUUGCUCAGACGGAGGAGGGAGACGAUGCCCUGGACAAAUUGCUUGAAAACAUCGGCCUCUCGAGUCCUGAAUGCCUCCUGUCGUCGCAGCGGAAUCUGAACGAGCCUUCCCCGCCCCCCUGCGGCAUGAACCGCGAGCAGGAGAGGGAAAUCGUCGAGGUCCUUUUGCGCCAGAAUGCCCAGGAAGACGAGUACGUGGAGAGGUGCAACUCGGCGUCAGCGCAGAGCCUGAGGGGCCAGGAGCAGCCCUCUCCCGUGGAGCCCCGGGGACCCUUUUAUUUCUGCAGGUUGUUGCUCGACGACUUGGGGAUGAAUUCUUGGGACAGAAGGAAAAAUUUCCACCUGUUGAAGAAAAAUUCAAAGUUACUGAGAGAACUGAAAAAUCUGGACUCACGCCAGUGUCGUGAAACACACAAGAUUGCAGUGUUUUACAUUGCCGAAGGUCAAGAAGACAAAUGUUCAAUCCUCUCCAAUGAAAGAGGAAGCCAAGCAUAUGAAGACUUCGUUGCGGGACUUGGAUGGGAGGUGGAUCUCUCCACCCACUGUGGGUUCAUGGGUGGGCUUCACCGCAACGGCAGCACGGGGCAGACCGCCCCUUACUACGCUACCUCCACCGUGGAGGUUAUCUUCCACGUUUCCACCCGUAUGCCAUCAGACUCAGACGAUUCCCUCACUAAGAAGCUCCGACACCUGGGGAAUGAUGAGGUGCACAUCGUCUGGUCGGAGCACUCCCGGGACUACCGCCGGGGGAUCAUCCCAACAGCCUUUGGAGACGUUUCCAUCAUCAUUUACCCAAUGAAGAAUCACAUGUUCUUUAUCACGAUAACAAAGAAACCUGAGGUUCCAUUUUUUGGGCCUCUCUUUGAUGGAGCCAUAGUGAGUGGGAAGCUACUGCCAAGCCUUAUAUGUGCCACAUGCAUCAAUGCCAGCAGGGCUGUGAAGUGCCUCAUCCCGCUCUACCAGAGCUUCUACGAAGAACGAGCCCUGUACCUUGAAGCAAUAAUUCAAAACCACCGUGAAGUCAUGACAUUUGAAGAUUUUGCAGCCCAAGUCUUUUCUCCCUGCCCCAGCUACUCCCUCAGUGGAACGGGGCUCUGGCCUGCAGCCUGAGUGCCUACCUCAUCGCUGCCUUCAGGAAGGGAGAAGACAGAGGAAAUACCCCCAUAUACACACCCACUUCAGCGCAGAGAAGACUCUGGGGAAAAUCUUCCCAUUACUCGUCUUCUGAAGCUACAGAUAAAUCACUGAAAAAUGGCAUCUGGGAUUUUCUAACUAGGCAGCAUCUCCAUUUCCCGAACUUGGGUUGCAAAAGAAGAAAAGCAGAAGUCACCAACCCCCAGAGACAGUCCUGCUCUCAAAUGUGGUUGCUCAAGGCAGACUCUGAGAGAAGAUCCUGGGUGUUCAGGGAAGACCAGAAAGUGAGCAGCUGACUUCUGCACGCCAGCCAAUUCUGUCGCACGCACAGAGCAGGCGUGCCUCGCAAGGGGCUCACAGAACUAAAGUCAAGUUGCUUGAGGAAUUUCCUUGGCCUGGAUACUGCUGACUCUUCCUUAUGUGAGGAUUGAUGAUGUGCUCCAAAAUUUCAUCAUCGUGGAAAUUGGCUUUCCCCAGAGUCUUUUGCCCAGGAGUUUUACCUUAGUUGCUGAGUGUUUUUCCACCUGGUGCCUGAUGCCCACUAACUGGGGAGAAGUGCCCCCAACCACUGUAGAGACACUCAGCCACAGAACAUGCAGAGCAUUCUAGAAAUACUGGGUCCUGUCCUUGAGAGAGCGCCCAGAGUCAGGGAGUUCCCCACCCCCCACCCCGUUCCCUCCCAACCCCCUAGCUCAUCACUCAGCACACCAUGUCCCCGCACCGCACAGCCCAUCCCAGCUCUAGUCUACACUUGACCCCGAGUGUCCGUCUACCACCGCAGUCACACCCCAGGCCACGCCCUCCCACCUGGUGUUUGGGGGCCACACCCAGGCCCUUACAAGUUUUUCCCACCACACAGGAUUUCAGAGUCCUGGAUUCUAUGCAAGGACUUUUGUUUGUUUCGGGGCCGCACCCUGCGAUGCUCAGGGGUUACUCCUGACUCUGCACUCGGGAGUGACUCCUGGGAGUACUCAGGAAGCCAUAUGGGAUGCUGGGGAUCGAACCUGGGUCAGCCACAUGCAAGGCAAACAUCCUCCCCUCUGUGCUCUCUCUCAGUGCAAAGAAUUUCAUCCAGACAUUUUCCCCAGUUGCCUCCAUAGAAGGUGGAUUGAGCCUGUUUUGGUUUUUGUUUCCCGCUACCUGGGACUGCCCAGUAUUCUCUUGAGGAAUGUUGGUCAGUGGCAGAGAUCCCACAAACAGCAGCGACAGCUGCUUACCAGGGCCCUUGGCCUGUCUUCAGAGCAAGCCUGUGGCUUUAGGUGGGAACAGAGUAUGAGGGGCCUGAAACGAGGGGUUUGGGCCUCCUCUGCUCUGGACCCCCAACUCUCGUGCCUUUGUGCCCUCGUCCUCUCUCUGGUAAACCUCCCAGUUCUGCCCCGCACCCCCCACACCAGUGGCUCCAUGUUCAAUGGCCCCAGAGCUCUUUCGUCUGGCAUAGCAUCAGUUUGGUAGUCCCUGAUCUUUUUUUGGUGGGGGGUAGGGAGUAGGGGUUGCUAUACCCAGAAGUGCUCAGCAAAUAUUCCUGGCUUAGUGCUCAUGAAUGUUCAGGGGACCAUAGCUGGUGCAGAUUUAAGCUGGGGUCAGCAGGAUGCAAGGCAAGCACCAUAACCCAUCUCUCCAGGCCCUAAUGUCUGCUCCUUGCAGGAGAAAGAGUCAGACCCAAAAUCCAGACUAGUUUUAGGGACAGGAAGGAAAAAAUAAGGGGAAAAAAAUCUCUUCUUUCCAGAAUCCUAAGCAUUCUGGAGCGAUUUUUUUUUUCAUCGAAGGGAUUCCUAGCAAGGGCCUGAGGCAGGCCCAUGGACUAGACCCAGCUUUGCAUACCUCUGGAGGAGCAGCUGAGCCCAGGGGGACUGGACCUAGUCUCUCUGGGUUGUCUUGUCAUCAGACCUGAUUUGUUCCCUUCUUGGGGCACUAAUAGUGAUAUAAGAGGGCCUGGAAAUGGUAAGGUUUCCCUUGCUCCAGCAAAUGUCGCCAUCUCCCCAAAGGUGUGGGCUUUCUCCUCGGUGUGGUGUGCUCAGGUGAUCCAGACUGCUUUUGGGGUGUACUGUACCUAAUAGAAGAGUCACAUGCUCAGGCAGCAGGAAACCCCAGGAAGGACACUCUCUGUCCAUCUCCAACACCCCUGAUUCGGGGGCUGCAGAUCAUACUGAACCCCCCUGGGCCUCAGCUCCAUGAUCCUGUUUCUGAUCCUGCAGCUGUGGCAGCCAGAACCAAGACCAUCCUUCGUCCCAUUAACAGCUCCCUGGCCCAUGUUACUGCCAGCAGUCCGAGGGCUGGAGCUUUCUCUGAACCUCCCCUUCUCAGUAUCAGCUUUGGUUUGAAGAGUUGAGAUGGGAAAUCAAGGCCUCGAGCAACCAGAUUUUCUUGCAAUUGUGGACUUGGAUUGUUUUUUGGUUUUGGUUUUGCUUUGUUUUCCGAGAUGGAAAAUUGAAUUGAUUGAGUUGGAUUUGUUUAGGGGUUUACUUUUUGUUUGUUUUUUUCCUUAGAAAAGCCAAUAUUGUGUUUUUGCGAUAUAAGUGUUUCAGCAAAAUUGCAGAGGGUCACUCAUCUGAGCGCGAAUGUACCAAGUCAUCGCGUUGACUUGUCCCAUUAGUAGGCCAGCCAUCUGUAGACUAAAGUGGCUCCACUUGGCCUAAAACAGGUACACCUCACUGGCGUCUAGGGAGGCCCGGACAGCACUCUGUUCCCUAAUCUUUGUCUAAAACAAAGCUGGUAUUGCAGUCUCACAAGCCUCUCCCCUCAAGUUCCCCACAAAAAUUAAUUCCACAAGAUGAUAACUUUGAAAACUUUGUUUUUGGCUUAUUUUUGGGCCAGACCUGACCAUGCUCAGGGGUGACCCCUGACUCUGCACUCAGGAAUUACUCCAUGCAGAGCUCAGGGAACCAUAUGGGAUGCCAGGGAUAGAGCCCACGUGCGAGGCAAGCCCCUUUUCUGCUGUACCAUCUCUCCGUCCCUGAAAAUUAUGACUUUUACCACUAGUAAACCUUAGGCAAGUAAGUAAAACCUCAAAGGAAGGUAAUGCAGCCACUAAGUGUCUGCUGUGGUGUUUUCCAUGGUUGGAGCUGCAGUUCCUGGAGCUACUGCACAGGAAGAUGCUUCGGGUCCUGGUGAGAGCAGGACUGAGCGGGGGAACCUUUAUUAGCCUUACCUGUGAGAUCGGGGAUCUGUAGACAAUGCAAACCACGUCUUCCCGGUGGUCCUUGGGUAUGACCAUCUGCACUUCACUCAUUGUUAUUCUCAUCUGGAGGUUGGAAGGAUCUUUUCCUAUGUACUGUGAUGUCUUUGAUGUAACCGUGUUACAUUUCUAGCUACUGAAGAGGAAUGCCUGACUCCAAAGGACAAUUCAACAUGAAGCAAGCAUUGAGUUUGUUGCACUCAGUAUCUAUGUCUAGUAUACACAUUUAAGUGAAUGUCUUCUUACAUUUUCAGGUCUACACUAGUUAGUACAUGUAAAUAAGGAAAAAAGUGAUAAAUAUGAAAAAUUAAGUUAUAGCAUUCAUCGUAUUUUAUUUUGCUCUCUUGUUAUUUAAUUUUCCUGCUGCUCCACACCUUCGCUCAUGCUGGGUGGCAGGCCUUUCUGCCUACCCACAUCUGCAGGGUGUGCCCCAACCCCAAGAAGCACCACUCACAGACAUCAGCCACUUGAUCUCAAGUUAACCUUUUUUUCUUUCAUUCUGUGAUUUACUGUGAUGAUUUAAUAAAAUAGAAACAGUU